AGAUGCUCUAACAGGAAGCGGGUUUGAGGAGCUGCACAGCUUCCUGCUCCCCCAGGGCUGAGCGGGGCCAGAGGGGCAAGUGCCAGCCUGGGCCACGAGACACAGCUUCUUGCCAGGGUCCGGGCAGCUUCCUCUUCCACGGCUACUUCCGUGUCGCUGGGGCCCAAAGGCAAGAGCUGCUGCCUGUUGCCCAGGCCACCCUCCACCCCCAGUUCGGAGCCCUGCCCCCCGGGGCCGGGCCAAGCCCAGAGGCCGCCUUGGGAUCCUAUGGGGGACUGGUAGGGCAAAGGUCUCGGGGGGGCGGAGGUGGCUGGGCCGGGGCCCGGGGGCUCCAGCCAUGAAGUCUCGGCAGAAAGGAAAGAAGAAGGGCAGCUCGAAGGAGAGGGUGUUUGGGUGUGACCUGCAGGAGCAGCUCCAGCGUUCGGGCCAGGAGGUCCCUCAGGUGCUGAAGAGCUGCGCAGAGUUCGUGGAGGAAUAUGGGGUGGUGGAUGGCAUCUACCGCCUCUCGGGGGUCUCUUCCAACAUCCAGAAGCUCCGGCAGGAGUUUGAGGCAGAGCGGAAGCCAGACCUGCGGAAAGACGUUUACCUCCAGGACAUUCACUGCGUCUCCUCCUUGUGCAAGGCCUACUUCAGAGAACUGCCCGACCCCCUGCUCACAUACCGGCUCUAUGACAAGUUUGCUGACGCGGUGGGAGUGCAGCUGGAGCCUGAGCGCCUGGUCAAGAUCCUAGAGGUGCUUCGAGAACUCCCUGUCCCAAACUAUAGGACCCUGGAGUUCCUCAUGCGGCACCUGGUGCACAUGGCCUCGUUCAGCGCUCAGACCAACAUGCACGCCCGCAACCUGGCCAUUGUGUGGGCUCCCAACCUGCUGAGGUCUAAGGACAUAGAGGCCUCGGGCUUCAAUGGGACAGCGGCCUUCAUGGAGGUGCGUGUGCAGUCCAUCGUGGUCGAGUUCAUCCUCACGCACGUGGACCAGCUCUUUGGGGGUGCUUCUCUCUCCGGCGGUGAGAUGGAGAGUGGAUGGCGGUCACUUCCGGGGGCCCGGGCGUCAAGCAGCCCCGAGGACCUUAUGCCCAGGUCCCUACCCUACCACCUGCCUAGUGUCCUGCAGGCUGGCGAUGGGCCCCCACAGAUACGGCCCUACCACACUAUCAUCGAAAUUGGAGAGCACAAGAGAAAGGGGUCUUUGAAGGUCAGGAAGUGGAGAUCUAUCUUCAAUCUGGGUCGCUCUGGCCACGAGACCAAGCGUAAACUCCCGCGGGGGGCCGAGGACAGAGAGGACAAGUCUGAGAAGGGGACGCUGCGGCCAGCCAAAAGCAUGGACUCACUGAGCGCGGCAGCUGGGGUCAGUGAUGAGCCGGAGGGGCUGGCGGGACCCAGCAGUCUGCGGCCUGGCCCGCUGCAGCCGGACGGCCUGGAGAAGGACCCCGCGGGAGCAGCGGAGGGCGCUCAGGAGCCCGAGGCCGAGGCGCCCGGCGGCCCCAGCUCGGAGCCGGGCACCCCGCGGGCCGGCCGGUCUGGGAUGCGCAUCGGGGGCGGCAGCCGCGCCGAGCGCUGCGCAGGCGUCCACAUCUCGGACCCCUACAAUGUCAACCUGCCACUACACAUCACCUCCAUCCUCAGCGUGCCCCCGAACAUCAUCUCCAACGUCUCCUUGGCCCGGCUCACCCGCGGCCUUGAGUGCCCCGCCCUCCAGCCCCGGCCGAGCCCUGCCUCCGGCCCCGGCCCCCCAGAUGAGAAGUUGGAGGCAAGUUCAGCCGCAGGUCCCCUGGCUGACUGUGGCCCAGAGGAUGUGGCUCCUGUGCUGGAGGACUGCCUGUCCCAGGAGGUGCAGGACUCCUUCUCCUUCCUAGAGGACUCAAGCGGCUCGGAGCCAGAGUGGGUGGGGGUGGAGGAUGGGGAGGUAGCCAAGGCAAGAAGAGCAGAAGCAGCCUUCCCUGGGGAGGAUGACCCUGGGAUGGGCUACCUGGAGGAGCUCCUGGGAGUUGGGCCUCAGGUGGAGGAGUUCUCUGUGGAGCCGCCCCUGGAUGACCUGUCUCUGGAUGAGGCGCAGUUUGUCCUGGCUCCCAGCUGCUGUUCCUCGGACUCUGCUGGCCCCAGGCCUGAUGGACAGGAAGAAAACGAGGAGGAAGUCUUCCUGAGUGCCUACGAUGACCUAAGUCCCCUUCUGUCGCCCAAACGCCCAACCUGGGAGGGUCCGGAAAGUCUGGAGGACGACACAGCGGGGUGUGGGAGACAGGGGCCUCCAGGGCAGGCUGAGGGAGGGCAGGCAUGCUGUGAGGUUGGCGAGGACAAGGAGGCUGAGCCUGAAAGCACAGGGGACCUCAGGGAGGAGGCUGAGGGCAGUCCGGAGAGUGAGGUGGAGGACGGAGAGGUAGGUCAGGAGGGAGGCAAGCCUGAGGGAAGCCAAGAGAGGAGGGUCAGUUUGAGAGAAGAGGGUGGGGAGGAGACAGAGGCCAAGGGAGAGGAGUCCAACGGUCAGCAGGAGGAUGAGAGUGUGGAGGAGGCUAAGGGUGUGGAGGGAACAGGAGAGCAGGGCAAAGACAAGGAGAUGGAAAGGAAGACUGAGAGAGAGGAGGAGGCUGAGGAAGGAGAGGAAGGCCAGGUACAAGCAAGAAGCAACCCAGAGUGCGGGGCCCAGGAAAACCCAGUCGCUGAGGAGAGCCGGGAAGCUGUGCACAAACAAGAGGCUGAAGGAGGCAGAGAGGAUGAGGCUGAAGGACAGAAGGGGCAGGAGGACCAAGAGGCAAGAGAAGAUCAAGGAGAUGCUGACGAUGGCAGAAGCCCAGAAGCGGCAGCUGGAGGAGGGGCGGGGGCGGUCAGCAUGGACGGGGAGAGCGGGGAUGGGGAGCCCGAGAGGGACCAGAGGGCCGGAGGUGACCGUUUAGGGGACUCCCUUCCUGAAGGGUCCCACGUAGAGUCCCUGGAGGUUGACAGUGCCAGCGAGGGCCAUUCCCCAUGCUCUGAGGCCGAACAGGCAGCCCCAGAGCCGCCCCAGCCAGAGGAGGCGGAGCCUGAGGGGCAGCCCAGUCCAGACGGCUGCAGCCUGUGCCCGGGUCCUCUGGGCUCAGCUAGCGGAGUGGGCAUGCGCCUGGCUUCCACCCUGGUUCAGGUCCAGCAGGUCCGCUCUGUGCCUGUGGUGCCGCCCAAACCGCAAUUUGCCAAGAUGCCUAGUGCGAUGUGUAGCAAGAUCCACGUGGCACCUGCAAACCCAUGCCCGAGGCCUGGUCGGCUUGAUGGGACUCCCGGGGAAAGGGCUUGGGGGUCCCGAGCCUCCCGUUCCUCCUGGAGGAAUGGGGGCAGUCUUUCUUUUGAUGCUGCUGUGGCCCUGGCCCGGGAACGCCAGAGGACUGAGGCUCAGGGCAUUCGGCGGACCCAGACCUGUACUGGGGGUGGGGACUACAGCCUCACCCCCAGAACCUCCCCCUGUAGUAUGAUCCCUGCCUAUUCUCCUCGGCCGCUUAGUUGCCUGGAGCUCCCGCCUGAAGACACAGAAGGGUCUGGACACCGGAGUCGGCAUAGUCUGCCCCCCAGGGAACCCCAGCCUCCCGACCCGCUUCUGUCCCCACAGCGCCGAUCAUACGCAUUUGAAACACAGGCUAACCCUGGGAGAGGUGAGGGACUGUGAGCAGGACCACAGGCAAACAGGAAGUUGUCUCCGGUCCCCAGGGUCCCAGACCAGCUGUGUCUUCUGCAGCCUGAGCAGCUGUAGCGCCCAACGCCAUAGGCUCUGGGCCUCCAGCUUCUCUUUUUGACUAUGGGAAGCGCUGCCUCCGUCGGUUUACCUGAGUUUGUCUCAGACACAAAGCACUUAGCCCUUAGGAUGUUCCCAAGAAAGUCAACCAAGAUCCUGUUACCAGGGAGUGGGGUCACUGGUCAAAGGGAGUGAAGCGCAGGCAGGGUACUUGGAGGACUCUCAGUGAAGAAUGGAGAGGGGACUCCAGGAAGGUUCGGGCCCUCCUCUGAAGCUGCACACCUCCCUUCCUGGAAGCCCAGGGUGGGGGGCUGGGGGGACAGGGCCGGCUCGGAGCCUGUCACACACGAACACUUGUGAGUGGCCCGUCCUAAUUCUGCUCUUGGAUACCUCCUGACCCUCUUAGCUGCAGAUUAAGAGGAACGUGUCCGGGAGCUCGUUGAGGGUCUCAAAGUAGGGACCGGCUCCCCUCGCGGCAUCCCUACCCUCGGCCUCCAGCCACCUUUGGGAAGAGAGGUCUUGCGCGGAUCUCCCCCGGCUUCUCCUUUUUUCCUUUGGAGCGACUUCCUCCUAUUUCGGGGAAGGGCAAUGACAUAACUCAGGCCCCGGGACCGCUUGUCCCACAGACGGGGGGCCGCAGGCUCCGUUCCAGGAGGAAGUGACCUCUCCGAAUAAUAAACGUAGUACUGUUACACGUUCA